AUGUCCUACCCCCAAACCACCUUCCACCACACCACCUUCACCCCCCACAGCUUCCUCUCCCGCCUCCGCCACACCCUCCCCACCACCCUCCGCACGCAACUCUCGCUCCUCUGCCACACCGGCCGCUACGAGGCCUUCCGGCUGCAGCCGCACCCCAGCUACGCGGACCCGCCCACUCACUGGCCCGUGCCCAACCACCUCUUCUGGGACUCGGACGUCGCAAAGUGGAUUGAGGGCGCGUGCUAUCUGCUCAGUGAGUGUCCGGAGGAGGCAGGGGAGUUGAAGGAUAUCGAUGAGGCGGUGAGGGAGCUGGUGGACAUGAUCCGUGGUGCGCAGCAGGAUGACGGGUAUUUGAAUAUCCAUUUCACGGUCGUGGAUAAGGGUGGAAGGUUCACGAACUUGAGGGACCUGCAUGAGCUCUACAACGCCGGCCACCUAAUAGAAGCUGCACUAAUCCACCACCACCACUACAAAAACACCCUCCUUCUCGAUCCAAUCCUAAAAUACGUCGAUCUGCUCUACAGCACCUUCGGCCCCGGGCCCUCCCAGCUCCACGGCUACCCCGGACACCCCGAGAUUGAGCUCGCGCUGCUCCGCCUCUAUGCACUCACUGGGGGCCAGCGCCACCACGACCUUGCCCACUACUUCAUUACCGAGCGCGGCCGCAAUGGUGGGCAGUUCUAUACCGAGGAGGCCGCAAAGCGUGGGGACCGUGAGAACGAGGUUCCUAGAUACUAUCCGGAGAAGAAGAGUUAUUGGUACCAGCAAGCGCACAAGCCGAUUCUAGAGCAGCAGACGAUCAAGGGGCAUGCGGUUAGGGCGAUGUAUUUGCUCACUGCGGUGGCGGACCUGGUGCGGCAGGAUGGGUCCGGGUCGGAGGAGUAUCUGGUUGCAGUGAAGCGACUAUGGGCGGAUAUGGUGGGGAGGAAGAUGUAUGAGACCGGUGGUAUCGGGGCCGUGCGGCAGUGGGAGGGGUUUGGGGAUGCGUAUUUCUUACCGCAGGCGACGGAUGAAGGCGGGUGUUAUGCGGAGACGUGUGCGAGUAUUGGGAUUAUGAUGUUGGCGGAGAGGCUGUUGAAGGUGGACCUCAAUGCAGAAUACGCAGACACCAUGGAGCUCGCAUUCUACAACACUGUACUCACAAGUAUGUCUGUCGAUGGCAAGUCCUUCACAUACCUCAACCAGCUCGCAUCCUCUCCACAGGACCUCUCCAAGCGCGAAGAAUGGUUCGAGUGUGCCUGCUGUCCCCCAAACAUCGCGCGGACACUCGGAAUGAUGGGAGGCUACAUCUGGUCCUGGGAGGAAACCUCAUCAGGCGUGGACCUGAUGAUCCAUCUGUACACUGCCGCAGCGCUGACGAUGAAGAUGAGUACUGGUGCCGUGGUGACAGUGCAGAUGACGACCGACUGGCCGUGGGAUGGAAAAGUAUCCUUCGCAGUGACCAAGACAUCGCCGGAGUUGGCACUGAACAUGAAGCUCCGGAUCCCUAAAUGGGCUGAGAAUAAAUGGACGGUGUCAUCGGGGGGUAGUAGUAGACCUGAAGUAGUUAACGGAUACAUCUCGAUACUAGAGCCGUACUCAAGCUCGGGAAUAACGCUGGAUGUGCCGAUGAAACCACGGGUGAUAAGGGCACACCCAUUCACGAACCGUGAGACUGCGUGUAUUGCCAGAGGCCCCAUCGUCUACUGUGUCGAAGAUAUAGAUAACAGCUGGGUGACCGAUCAUUUCAAGACAACGCACAUCAACCUGGAAGCACCCUUCCAAGAAGAGCUCGUCACAGACCCAAAGACAAACGAGACCUAUGUCCAGAUCAGCAUGCCCUCCGGCGGGCAGGUCUAUGAUAUCGAGAAGUAUCCUUCCUACUAUGCUUCGUAUGUUGCGCGGGAUUUGGUAUUCAUCCCGUUUUAUUUCAGAGCGAACAGAGGUGGAAAGGGACACAUGAGAGUGGGCUUGAAGGUACCACCGUAUCCAGCUGGCCGUAUAUCUGCGUAG